UGGUCAGUUACUACUGGAUGGACCUGUGUUGCUGGGCUGUGCUGAACAGUAGGGGGCGAUAGGGAAUGGACCUCAGCAGCAUGCAUGGCUCUUCUGGACGUGGGGAUUACAAAUCAGGUGCUGGUCACUGACUUUGACAACAAGAUGGAGCACGGAGAACCACAGGCCGUCUUCACGGAACUCAGGUGUCACACUAACAUCAGCAGCUGUGGCUCUGAAUUAAAAUGCUAAUGGCCGAGCCUGAAGAAGCCAGCGCUCGUAGUGGGACUCGCAGAGAGCAAGGUGUCCAAAUGAAGGAAAAGAGUACCUGAGGACAUCAUACAGGUCAUGUGAGUCCUUACAGAUAAGAGCGGCAUUAUUAAACCCUAGAUGUCCUUCUUUCUGGAUUGCUUUGUCCAACUCAUUUUCUAUCAAGUGAUGGGCUGUAGGCUAAUUAAGAGAUUGAUUAACUGAUAAACAAAGCAGAGGUAUAAAUAAUUCAAUAAUGUGAACACCGCUUAGAUGAGAAACCCUGUUUAGCUAUAGGACUGGGGUUUUUCAUAGCGGCAAGAUGUAGCGGCAGCUACCGGACAUGCUACCUGCCAUUCAGGGCAUGCAAGCCCAAGAAAUGAUCAGCAUGGAAGCGUGGCCAUCGUCUCUCAUUCAGAUUCACGAGAAUAACACUGAGAAACUGAACGCUUCCUCGAGCUUCAAUACAACUGGUUUGGCAAAGACUUCCGACACGUACCAGUUCUACAUCAUCAGCCUGUUCCUCUCUUGCCUGUACACCAUCUUCCUCUUUCCCAUCGGCUUCAUCGGUAAUAUACUUAUCCUAGUGGUUAACCUAAAUCACCGGGACAAAAUGACCAUCCCAGACCUGUACUUCGUAAAUCUGGCCGUGGCCGACCUCAUCCUAGUGGCAGACUCCCUGAUCGAGGUCUUCAACCUGAAUGAGAAGUACUACGACAUUGCUAUCCUCUGCACCUUUAUGUCCCUCUUCCUUCAGGUCAACAUGUACAGCAGCAUCUUCUUCCUGACAUGGAUGAGCUUUGACCGCUAUGUGGCCCUGGCUAGCACCAUGAGCCGCUGCCCUCUAAGGACAAUGCAGCACGCUAAGGUCAGCUGUAGCCUCAUCUGGAUGGCUUCCCUUCUAGCCACACUGCUGCCCUUCACCAUAGUGCAGACUCAGCACACGGGAGAGGUGCACUUUUGCUUUGCGAACGUCUUUGAGAUCCAGUGGCUUGAAGUGACCAUCGGAUUCCUGGUACCCUUCUCCAUCAUUGGGCUGUGCUAUUCCCUGAUCGUGCGCAUCCUCAUGCGGGCACAGAAGCACCGAGGUCUCUGGCCUCGCAGACAGAAGGCCCUGCGCAUGAUUGUAGUCGUCGUCCUCGUCUUCUUCAUCUGCUGGCUCCCUGAGAAUGUGUUCAUCAGCAUCCAGCUGUUGCAGGGCACCGCCGACCCCCUGCGUCGUAGUGCUGUCACCCUCUGGCAUGACUAUCCCCUCACCGGCCACGUCGUCAACCUGGCUGCCUUCUCCAACAGUUGCCUCAACCCCAUCAUCUACAGCUUCCUGGGGGAGACCUUCCGAGACAAACUGCGGCUCUUCAUAAAACAGAAGGCCAGCUGGUCCAUGUUCUACCGCUUCUGCCAGCACACUCUGGAUUUACGCAUUCCUGUUAGAAGCGAGGUCUCGGAGGUUUAGCGGGACGCUGUGGAGCUAAGGCAAGAGAGCGCCGCAUGAAGCCGGCAAGAUCCUUUUUAGAGCAUCAAAGUCCGACACUUGUGAAUGAUCCAAACUACGCUUUUCUCAGUUUUUAUAAGACAUGUAUAUGAAUUAAUAGGACAAGCCAAGAACCAUGAAUUGGGUUUGAUUUUCAGGAACUGGGUUUAUACAGCAAAAGGGGGUUUUGAGGGAAAAAAACAGGAACAAAGGAACAAAAUAGAACAGAAAUCGAAGGACUUGUAGUUUCAUUUUACCAAUGCAAUCAUACUGCACUGUGUAGGUAAGCAAAAGCAAUUUACUGCAAUGAAAACUUUGAUAACAAGUUCUAAUUUCCACUCAAAGUUAGAGGUUUUUUAUUAUCAUUAUUUUUAUUUGUCCUGCUUAUCAGUAUGCAGCAAAUAUCUUUUGUUCUGAAGACAAUAAACAGCUUUGGUAAUAAA